AUGUGUCAAAGAGAUAUCUUAAUGCUUCAUGAUAGACAACAAUCAACUUCAAGGCAACAAUUUCACAAAACUCUUACAAACAUCCUUUGGCGGUUGCUUUUGCGAAACAAGUAUAAUUCUGCAAUGACAAGUAGUGGGUUGAUCUUAACAAUCCUAGCUUCCAGUUUUGUGGCCACAGGUCUCGAAUUCUUCAAGUCAGAUCCUUUUGUUGCCUGUUCCUCGGACGAGCACUGCCCAGAAGAAUGGCCAUGCUGCUCGCAAUACGGCCAAUGUGGGUAUGGUCCUCUUUGCAUGGGAGGCUGUGACCCGCGGUACUCUUUUAGCUACGAAAGCUGCGCCGUUAUACCUGCUAUGUAUCCACAAGAAAGUUCAUCAUAUGAAGCGCUGGGCCACGCAUCGACCGACUCACAAGAGAAAAUCUUCGGACCUUUGCUUGCAGUCAAUCUGUUCUUCGACGGUCCAGAAGACACAAUCUAUGCACAGAGCGAACCUGAAGAUCUCGAGAUAGCAUUGAGCGGACGCGGUCUGGUGCACUACUCAAAGUCUGCCAAUGCUGAUGUAAAGAUGGACGACUUUGAUUUCACGUACAGCGGAUUCUUGGAGCUAAGCCGCGUCGGAGGAGAUGCUGGACUUGUCCUGGCUAUGCCACCCGACACUACAGGUAGUCUGAUAUCUUCCUCAAAAUCUUUUCUGUACGGCAGGGUUGCCGUUACUAUGAAGACGGCCAGGGGCAACGGCGUUGUGUCAGCCAUGGUGCUGAUGUCUGCAGUAAAAGACGAGGUUGAUUUUGAAUUUCUGGGCGGAGAUCUUGACAAUGCGCAGUCGAAUUACUACUAUCGCGGCGAACUCGUUCAUACACGCAUGUUGAAAUCACCGAUCCAGCCCAACAGUUACGAGGAGUAUCACACCUACGAGUUUGAUUGGGACGAGGAUCGGAUCCAAUGGUUGAUUGAUGGCUCUGUGGUGCGCACUUUGCAUCGCGACGACACCUACGACUCGAUCCAAAAUAUUUACAAAUACCCUGCAACGCCCAUGCGGCUCGAGAUUGCUUUAUGGCCCGGGGGCGUGAAAAGCAACAAUCCUGGCACCGUCAUGUGGGCGGGUGGGCUCAUUGAUUGGGACAAUGCUGCCGACAUCGUGGAGAAGGGCCAGUUUCAGAUAUCUGUCAAAAGUGUCCAAAUAAGUCCCUACGUGAAUGCGUUUGUGCCAUUGGGAAUUUUGAGCGGAGGCGUGGGACUAAGCGACACGUCAAGCGACAAGUUUUACUAUUUCUACGAUCCUAAAUGUGAAGGGUGCGUGCGCAGUCGUUGGGACUUGCCGGCAAAAAAUGACCAGAAAAUCCACCAAAAGGGAGAAACCGUCGACGUCACGACCACGUCCACGACGACACGAAGCCUUCCACAGGUGAUCUCUACGGUGUUUGCUUCCAGCACCACGACUGGCAGCCCUGCAAGAAACGAAACGAGUUUCGUGUCGUCAACAAAGGUUAACGUCACAUCUCAUAAAAACCUGGCUGUCCCCACAAGAUAUUACAAUAUAUUCAUGAGAAUCCAGACCUGGCUUACAAGCUGGAUACUACGCUAA